AUGUCACGCGCCUCGGCUGGCUUUGCAGACUUUUUCCCCACCGCCCCAUCAGUCCUUCAGCAGAAGCGCUUCAAGACAGCGCAGGAAAGACGGAAAUUACAUGUCGAGGGUGAUCAAAUUUCUGAAAGGACCCCGGAUUGUCCAGUACGAGGGGGAGCUCGCACUCCAUCGGUCCCCAACGAGCUUGAAUUGACCAUUCCCGCUAAGGCGAAAAGCGUGGAGGAUCGGAAUGGGCUACCUCCACCACCCACGGCAAUUCCCAUCUCAUCACACAUCGAUACACUGACACCGCUCACCAAUGCGGAGUCAUCACCCCCUUGCAAAUUAACUAGUCCCUCACAGUCAAAGAUCGCAGGCGGAGGUUCUCCGGGUACUUCUUCCAGGCCGAAUCCCGAUAUCACCAAAUCUUCCAUCACUCCAAUCCACACCCCUCCGACCCCUCAGUCGCAAACCCGACACCUCGAGCUUCGUGUGAGAGGCUGCAAGGUUGUGUACGACCCCGAUUUGGACAAGCGGACCUCGUCAAAAGAAAAGCGGAAAAAGCCCGAGUAUGUGGAGAUCGUGAAUAAUGGUCAAGCAGAUGCACCACCCGAUCCGCGUCGUGCGAUUGCCAAUUAUACCCCCAUGGUCAUACGACGUGGCAACGAGCAUUGGCCCCGGCCCCCAAUACAAGUUGUGGUGACGGGAUUUGACCCUUUGACCCCGAUCGCCCCGAUCAGCGCGCUUUUCGCAAGCUUUGGAGAUGUGGCCGAAAUCAAAAACCGCACAGACCCUAUCACCGGCCGGUUUCUGGGGAUCUGUUCGAUCAAAUACAAAGAUAGCACUUCAGUCCGGGGAAAUGGCCCGGCGUCAGCAUCUAGCGCAGCCCGGCGUGCAUACUUCGAAUGCAAAAAAGAACAACGGAUUGGCACACGCAGGAUUAGGGUCGAGCUGGACCGCGACAGCAUUGUCUCAGAUCGAAUGGCUGCGAAAGCAGUCGAGUCCCAGCGACUGGCUUCCAAGAAUACCCUCCCGCCCGCAAGCGAACCGAGACCGGAUCUCCAGAUCAAGAAAAGCGAACCACCACCGACUGCGCCAAAGGGUCCCUCGGGCAGGUCAUCCCUACGGCCGGGGGUCGUUAUUCCAGAAGGUCCUAGGGCCGGUCUUCGGUCGCCUGUUGUACAAUCAUUGGUCGAAGAAACUCCCAUCUUGAGUCAGAUUAAACGCGAUCCAUACAUUUUCAUUGCGCAUUGUUACGUCCCGGUCCUCAGCACAACAGUUCCGCACUUGAGGAAGAGACUAAGGCUCUUUUCGUACAAGCAUAUUCGUUGCGACAAAACUGGCUACUAUAUCAUCUUCGAGAACUCACGCCGGGGUGAGGAGGAAACUGAACGCUGCUACCGACUAUGCCACAUGCAACCCUUGUUCACCUAUAUCAUGAAUAUGGAGAGCCAGCCCUACGGGAACCCAAAUUACGAACGAAGCCCCAGCCCCGAACGUCUUCGCGCCGAACAACGAAACAAGGCCGAAAAGGAUCGGACAAGGAAAGAGGCCGAGUUGGAUGUCGAAGAAGAGAAAAAGCAGCGUGCGCUUGAUUUAGAUCCAUGCCGAGAGGUAUUGUCUAUCAUCAUUCGCGACCUGAGGGACAAGCUUCUCGAGGACGUGAAGUCACGCAUAGCUGCUCCAGCUCUCUACGACUAUUUGGAACCGAGUAAACAUGCGUCUAAGAGGGAAAAACUGGGUAUUUCGGACCCCGAAGGUACAAAACGAUCUGUUUUCCAAAUCGACAGCACCCCUGGCUCUCGAGGUGAAAUGUCUGCCGGCCGAGACCCCCUCAGAUCAUCAAGUCUGAACGUCCUUGCUCUUCCUCGUAUCCGAAAAGCCCAUGGUCUUGACCAUGCGGGUGCUGCCUUCCUAGAUGAACGGCGCAGGCAACCAUUACGAAAGAAAGAAGUCCGGCCCUUGUAUCAUCGCUUACAGCAGUUGCACGACGAUGAAGAUUCGGACGACGAGCAGCGCACCCCUGCUACUAGGGAUGCCGAUGAGCGAGAGAGCCGACCCCCUAGUCGCGCAAGUUCAACGACAUCGGAGUUUGAACGCGAUGGAGGAUACCAGUCAGACGACAUGGGAUCGUCUCAAGAGGCCGAAGAACGCAGUGCUGAAGAUGUGGACGAUUUGGAUGCCACAAAUCAAAUCAGCGAUCUCUCUCAUGAACUUCAGGUGUCUCCGAUGUCAAGCAAGAGAAAGCGACUGACCGAAGAUGAAGAAGAAGCACGAAAGCGGCAGCGACAGGAGGAUGAGCUAUUUGGCAUUGACUCGGAAACCGCCGGACUUGAGGAUGGGACUAAAGACCUGGAAACACCGGCGGCCAUUGGCGAUGAUCUCGCAGAGGAUGACGACAAAUUACCAACGCACGAUCAACCCGCAGACCAGCUCACUGAGCUUGUCUCUCACAAACAUCCCGAUGGUGAUGAUCUUUCCAUCAGCGAAACGUGGGAAGCCGAACCUAUUGAUGAGCCGAAAACGGAGAUUGAAUGGGGCGUUUCCAAGGAUAUGCCCCGGGCUACGGUGGAAGACGAUGAAACUAUGGUGCUUGAUUUGGAUGGUUGGCAACACCUGGUCAAGGAUGAUGAGGAUCUGCGAUUUUUGCGAGAAAUCCUACUGGAUCAGUCAGAAUCGAUUAUUCAAAAUCUUGCUGCAUGGGGUUGGAAACAGAAGGAGAUCAAAGCUCUCAAUGGUCUCGAAACUGGCACAACCCAGAAUGCCAUCAGUAUUCCUGGCUAUUAUGUGCCGAAUACCACAGGAGCUGCGCGGACGGAAGGUCGCAAAAGGAUUCUUGAGGCAGAAAAGUCCAAAUAUCUGCCCCAUCGGAUCAAGGUUCAGAAGGCUCGUGAGGAGCGUGAAGCGAAUGCAAAGGCAGAUCCACAAGCAGCAGCAGCGGAAGCUGCCAGGAUUGCCGCCGCUAAAACAAUAUCAAAAUCGACAUCCCGGUCAACGCGAGUCAACAACCGCCGGCUCAUUGCAGACAUCAAUGCGCAAAAGCAAGCCCUUCCCACUGCAAACGGCGAAGGAGAUGUUCUUCGAUUUAAUCAGCUUAAGAAGCGCAAGAAGCCUGUGCGCUUCGCUCGCUCUGCCAUUCAUAAUUGGGGCUUGUAUGCUGAGGAAAACAUCACUGCAAAUGACAUGAUCAUCGAGUAUGUCGGAGAGAAAGUGCGUCAGCAAGUUGCCGAUAUGAGAGAAAGACGAUACCUGAAGAGCGGAAUCGGCAGCAGUUAUCUCUUCCGAAUUGACGAGAACACCGUCAUCGAUGCCACAAAGAGAGGAGGAAUUGCGCGAUUUAUCAAUCACAGCUGUACACCCAACUGCACUGCUAAGAUCAUCAAGGUCGAUGGCAGCAAACGGAUUGUGAUUUAUGCGCUCAGGGAUAUCGAAAGAGAUGAGGAGCUUACAUACGACUACAAAUUCGAAAGAGAGUGGGACAGCGACGAUCGAAUCCCCUGUCUCUGUGGCUCAACGGGCUGCAAGGGAUUCCUUAAUUAA